AUGACACAGGCGUUCAGCUUUGCCCCAACAAGCGCCCAUUUCGUGGGCCUGUUCUGCGCUUUGUAUUCCCUCUGGCUCUUCUUGAGUCGUCACGUUCGAGUUCUCAUCUGUCGUCAUGUGCUCGUAGAGGAGUUUGCGGUCCUGGAAAACACCAGUGACGAGCCCUUCUCACUCGAAGGCUGUUACAUUGCAGAUAUCAUCGGCCAUCACAAGAGUCGGCCCUUUGGUAGCCAGGCUGUGGUUGAGCCACAUGAUCAGGUUACCAUUUGGACCGCACCUGGACGGGUUGGUCCCAAGGGGUUGGAGGAAGAUGCCCAUAACAUCUUCUGGAAGAACUUGUCCAACAACAAACCACGCGCUCAGCCCGUGCUUAACAACUCUGGCGACGGCGUCAAUCUUCUCAACGCCAAGGGUGACAUCAUUGCCAGCAUUGCAGUCGAGGAACCUGGCGCCGCAGCGACAUCCAAAGGCCAACCUGCCGGCGCCACCGAUUCCGCCAGCAAUGUGGUCGUAGAAACCUCGACGGAGGUUGUGGAUCUCAGCGCUGUUCCCCGCCCUCGAACCCCAACGCGUUCCAUUUCGACUGGCUCCGCACAACCAACUAACUCAAUUCUUGGUCCUGAUCGGCAGCCCUAUGUCCGUCAGCUGUGGUUGGAGAUGCUUGAUUCAGACACGGGAUUCAAACUCAAGUCAAGCGAAGGUCUAUCGGGUGUCAGCCUCAGCGCGUGCCCCGGCGGCCGGGACUGUGCACGCCUCUCGCGCUGUGAUUCAGAGUUUCCCAACAUCUGCUUCGACGCGCAAGAGUGCUUUGAUCCCAUCGGCAAGAAACGCUGCACCACCUUUGAGCCCUGUCAGUGCUUGAUGGGCAACUUUUCCACCGUCUUUACCGAUAACGGCUUUCGCUUCUUCCCAGCCGCCGCUCCCUUUGAUGCCAAGGAGUUUGACGCGGUGACCGAGCGUCCGGACAUCAUCAUCAAACGUGAUUACUGCGUGGAUGGCACCUUCAACAUGCGAGCCUGUGAGCCUCUGGAGAUGGGCUGCGAGUCAAUUGUGCCCUGCCUGAAAUCGGAUGUGCGGGCUUGUCAGAGCUUGGUGCCGGGCAUGUAA